UCUUUCUUCUGCCUGUUGUCUCAACCUGACUGCAGGCUGUCGGGAGCCUGUCUACGCCCACAGUUCUUUUCUAGAAGGGCUGGGGGAGGAGAAGAGGAUGUCCCCGCCCCUCCCUCCCCUUCCACUGUCUUCUGACCAAAAGGAGCUCGGAACUCGGGACGCCUGGUGCCCCGGGACCCUUUUUUUUCUUCCCGAAAGCCAAAGAGCGGAGCGCCUUAAACUGAGCAGGGCCGGCACAGGCACCACCAGCCCUACGACCCACAGGGGAGGGGCGGGGGCGGGGACCUUCGGCCAAGCGUUGCUGUGGAUUAAGGAAGGGGAGGGAGGCGGGCUCAAUCUGGAGGCUCUGAAGAACCUCUGCAGGAGAGGGGGAGGGCCAGCCCAGGGGACAGGGCGGGGCAAUCUAGCCUCGGAAUAGGCGGCGCAGAGGCCUCGGGGAAACAGGAAGUUAAGCUCUUAUCCAAUUCCGGGUCUUCGGCUUCCCAAGUUUUUUCCGUGUCGGCUCCUUAGCCGGCCCUGGAACUCCCUCCGCCCCGCGCCUCCAGCCUCGAGACAAGCCUGGGAAAAGAUGGAAGAGCUUCACCUUAUGGACUCACUGGGGCUACUUUGCUGCCUCUACAGGGAUCCUGGAGCCUCAGGGAUGGCCUUUGAGAUGGUCAGACUCCCAGUCCAGGAUGUGGUGACGUUCAAGGAUGUGGCUGUGGAGUUCACCCAGGAGGAGUGGUGCCUCUUGUCCCCUCCCCAGAAGGAGCUGUACAAGGAGGUGAUGCUGGAGAAUGUCCAGAACUUGUACUCUGUGGGGCUUCCAGCUCCCCCAGAAGACAUGACCUCUUAUAUGGAGCAGAGGGAAUCCUCUUGGAUGCUGGAGCAAGAAGUUUUGAGGAGCUGCUGCCCAGAAGGAAAGAUUAGAUCUGAAAUGAAGGCACAUCCAACCGAGAUGAGCCUUCCUGUGGAUGAAAUGGACCUACAAAGAUUCAUGAGUGAUGGUCCUGAUGACUUUUCUUUCAAAGAAUUCUUUGUUCCACCUCCAAAUUUAUCUUAUAUCGAACAUCAAAGAAUGCACACCGAGGAAAAAUCUCAUGAAAAUUGUCAGAGGGGAAAGACUUCUAUGUACAGGUCCAAUCUUAAUGGACAUCAAAGGAUCCACACUGGUGAGAAAUCUUAUGAAUGCAUGCAAUGCGGAAAGACAUUCAUUCGGAGAGGCCAACUUACUAUACAUCAGAGAAUUCACACUGGGGCGAAACCUUAUGAAUGUAUGCAAUGUGGAAAGAAUUUCAGUCAAAGAGGCCAACUUACUAUACAUCAGAGAAUGCACACUGGGGAGAAACCUUAUGAAUGUAUGCAAUGUGGAAAGAAAUUCAGGCAAAGAUUCCAACUUACUAUACAUCAGAGAACGCACACUGGGGAGAAACCUUAUGAAUGCAUGCAGUGUGGAAAGGCAUUCAGUAAGACUAAUAGUCUUGCUAGACAUCAGCGAAUGCACACUUGGGAGAAACCUUAUGAAUGCAAGCAGUGUGGAAAGACUUUCAGUCGGAGUGACAUGCUUGCUAUACAUCAGAGAAUCCAUACUGGAGAGAGACCUUAUCAAUGCAUGCAAUGUGAAAAGACUUUCAGUCGGAGACACCAUCUUGUUGUACAUGAGAGAAUGCACACUGGGGAGAAACCUUAUGAAUGCAAGCAAUGUGGAAAGACAUUCACUCUUAAUUCCCAUCUUGCUGCACAUCAGAGAAGGCACACUGGGGAGAAACCUUAUGAAUGCAAGCAGUGUGGAAAGACAUUCAGUCAGAUUUCUAUUCUUUCUGGACAUCAGAGAAUCCACACUGGUGAGAAACCUUAUGAAUGCAUGCAGUGUGGAAAUACAUUCAGUUGGAGAGGCCAACUUGUUGUACAUCAGAGAGUGCACACUGGGGAGAAACCUUAAGAAUACAGGCUUUGUGAAAAGAUAUUUACAUGUAGCUCCAGUCUUGCUAUUUUAUGAAGGGAAUUUAACUUUCACCUGUCUGGGGAAACAUACCUGGCAUGAACCUGGACUUGACUCAGGGGUAAGAAUAAACUAGAAGCCUUCCCAGUAUCAACAGGACUGAAUCAACCAUGCCAAUGACCACCACUGUUUUCAGUUUUUUAAGAAAAUUGCUAGCUAGGGUAACGAGAGAAGGAGAAAUAAAGUAAUCAGAAUAGGCAAUGAGGAAUCAAAACUAUCACUUUCCAUGUGGUAUUUUAAUAUACAUAGAGAAUUAGCCAAACAGUUGUAAAAAUAAUUAGCAACUUGAUCAAAGUUGUAGGAUGAUAAAAGGAAACCACAGAAUAUCAAACAGGGGAGAUAUGGAAAUAGGAAUUCCAUUGAAAAUUACUGUAGACAAUAUGAAAACCACCUGGGAGUCCAAGAUAACAGAACUUUAUCUGCUACCCUAGAAUUUUCUGUAGACUUUAUAUUAAUCUGUCGUUCUUCAUUGGUAAAGGCUACUGCAUUUGGCUCCAGCAUCUGAGCACAACAGAAGGCAGUGGGAGCCGAUCAUUCAUUGCUCCAGAGAAGGGAGAGGGAGCAUUUAGAUUAAAUUAGCCCAGUUUUUGAAAUCAGCCUCAGACAUUUCCCAGUCUGAUGAUCUUUGAUAAACUGCAUAAUCUCUUUGAACCUCCUUUUCCCCAUCCUGUAAGAGGGAGAUGAUAACAACAAGGUUUUGUGGGCCUUAUAUGGGGUCAUACACGUGCAGUGAUUUCCAAAUCCAGAUCCUUCUCCAGGGAUGUCUUAUGAUCUGGCAGUGUCAAGGUAAAAUAGCUUGAUUAUUCUAGUUAAUAAAUGUACUUGACUAGGAGUCAGGAGCUGAGUGAGAAUGGGAAAAUUUUGAUAAAAAUUGCUAUUUUAACUAUUAAAAAGAGCCAUUGUGUGAGUGGA